AUGUGCAACGCAGCCCAAGUGCAUCAGCCCACGGAGCCCGAGUUUGUCUCGGUUAACGACGUCGACUUCUGCGACCGCGAAUUUGAGGAGAGCAAGCAAAUUGAGGAAUCUGCUUCGAAUAGAUUCCGUCGUCGCGCACCACGUUGGGUGGCGCGGAAUGUGCUGAUGUUUGGCAUACUCCACGCUAUGGCCCUGUACGGUCUGUACCACGCCGUCUUCUACGCAAAGUGGUACACCCUCGCCUUCGGUUUUGCUACCUGGAUUGGAUCGGUGCUCGGCGUCACUGUCGGAGCCCAUCGUCUUUGGUCGCAUCGAUCGUACAAGGCAACCUUCGCUUAUCGCGCAAUGCUGAUGGUCCUUCAAACGAUUUCCGGACAGAAUUCGAUCUACGAAUGGGUCCGCGAUCAUCGUUGUCAUCACAAGUGGACUGACACGGAUGCCGACCCGCAUAAUGCUUCGCGUGGACUCUUCUUCUCGCAUAUGGGCUGGCUCCUUCAGAAGAAACAUGAGGCCGUCAUUCAGAAAGGAUCUCAAAUCGAUAUGUCUGAUCUCCUCCACGACCCCGUAGUGGUCUUCCAAAAAAAGUACUACUUCCCGCUGUACAUAAUCUUCUGCUUCCUGCUUCCGUCGGCCAUCCCAGUCUAUUUCUGGGGUGAGAGCGCCCUGGUUUCGUACUUCGUCGCCGGAAUCCUAAGGUACGUUCUGUCGCUUCACGAGACCUGGACCAUCAACUCACUCGCCCAUACACAUGGCCAUAAGCCUUACGAUGCCCGCAUUCGUGCCACCGACCAUCACUUGAUGGCCAUGCUGACCGUUGGUGAAGGCGGACACAAUUACCAUCAUACCUUCCCUUCUGAUUAUCGGACAUCCGAGUUCACUUAUUGCCUCAACCUCGGCAAGUUGUUGAUCGAUCUCGGUGCGCACUUCGGCCAAGUACAGGACCGCAAGGUGGUGGGUGAAGAGUUCAUCCAAAAACGCAUCGAGGCCAACGAGGCAAUCUUCGGGAAAAGCGAAUAUUACGAACAUUUCUCGCAGUCCUGGUUCAAGUCUUCC